CACUCCAUAAACAGACAUGGAGAGCUCUGUGAAGCAGCUGGUCCAGGGCAAGGCUUUGCUCUUCAUCAUCGUUGUUGGUUUGGGAGGAUCGUUUCAGAUCGGAUGUCACGUCACGCUGAUCAGCUCUCCCUAUCCUUUCAUUAACAGCUUUAUAAACAGCAGCUGGACUCAGCAGUAUGGUCAAGCUCCAGGAGAAGACACGCUCACACUCCUCUGGGCUACAUUCGUGGCCUUUUACUCAAUCGGUGCACUCUUUGGUGGCAUAAGUGUCCAGUUUGUCCUGAAUCUUCUCGGGAGGAAAAAAGCCAUGAUGUGGAACAGUAUGCUCAACAUUGUCGCUGUAGCCAUCAUGAUGACAAGCAGAGCUGCUAACUCGUUUGAGAUGAUCAUUUUGGCUCGCUUCCUGUUCGGUGUAACCUCAGGCUUAGGUGGAAACAUCCACAGCAUCUACCUCGGAGAGAGCUCACCCAAGAACAUAAGAGGAGCCGUGUCAGUAACGAUGGCUACCUUCAGCAGCAUCGGGAAGCUGGCGGGGCAGAUCGCAGGUCUGAGUGAGAUCCUGGGUCGAGAGGAUCUGUGGCACAUCCUGCUCUGUGUUCCAGCGUUUAUUGGUUUCGUUCAGAUAUUUGCACUGCCCUUAUUUCCUGAAGCACCAGGAUAUUUACUGAUAGAGAAAGGGAAGCUGGAGGAGUGUAAAAAAGCUCUGCAGUACCUGUGGGGUCCGGGUGACUAUAAACUGGAGCUCGAGGAGAUGCAGGAGGAGCAGGCUGCUCUGAAGGGACAGCGCAAUAAGAAUCUGUUUGAGCUGCUGACAGACUCAACCGUUCGCUGGCAGUGUCUCUCUCUGGUGGUCCUCUUUGGAUGCAUCCAGUUCUGUGGUAUCGCAGGAAUCAGCAUUUUUGCUUACAGCCUUUUCCAGGAGGCCGGAAUUCCCAUGGAUAAGAUCCGGUACGUCACGCUGGGAGUCGGGGCCUUGGAAAUCCUCACCACCAUCACGUGUAGCAUGAUAAUCGAGCGUGUUGGAAGGCGAUUGCUGCUUUGGGGAGGUUUCGGGAUCAUGGCAGUCCUUAUGGUUUUGCUCACCAUCACACUUCAGCUUAAGGAUUAUGAUUUUUGGGUUCCGUACUGCAGCAUCGCCCUGGUGUUUCUGUUCGUCAUCUCCUUCGGAGGAGGACCAGCUGGCGUCACCGUACCUCUCAGUUAUGAGAUGUUUGUCCAGUCGGAUCGCUCCGCUGCCUUCGUGCUUCUGGGACUUGUAGUAUGGGGAGGCUUGGCUGUAUUCGGCUUCGUUUUUCCAUUUCUCCUUGAUGCCAUAAAGUCCUUCAGCUUUUUGCUGUUCGCGUGCAUUUGUCUGGCCGGAUCACUCUACUCCGUCUUCAUUUUGCCGGAAACAAAGGGCAAAACUCCGCUGGAGAUCGCUGAGGAUUUUAGAAAAAUUAGACUGUGUGACUCUGCGACUGAAGACGAAUGUUUGGAGACAAAGCUGUGAAAGAAAAAAGAUUUUUUUUGUAUGUAUGUGAGUGUGUUUAUAAUUUAUGUUCAAAUUUUAAUAUUUUUUUUAUUUUUGUUAAAAUGUGUUUAUAUCUUAAAAUCCUUAUGUUUUAUGAUUUAAUUUUUGAUUUUUC